UGCAAGUUAUCUGAAAGAAAGAAAGUGUACGCAUUUUUCGUCGAUUUUUCAGCCGCAUUUGAUAUGGUACCCAGGCAACUUUUAAUCUAUAAAUUGCAUGAAAUCGGAAUCUCAACAAAGAUGGUUUAUUUAAUACAAAACAUAUACCAAAACACUAAAUCGGUAGUUUGGACUGGAGAUAAUGUAUCGCAACAUUUUAAUACUUAUACAGGAGUUAGACAAGGGUGUUUGCUGUCGCCUUUACUGUUCACUCUGUAUUUAAAUGAUAUACACGACUGGUUGGAAGGAGGGUUAGUGCUAGACGAAUUAAAUAUUCGGGUACUACUGUACGCUGAUGACAUCGUCAUACUAGCUGAUGAUAUUGAAGUAUUUCGAAAAAUGAUAUGGAAUUUAGAAAACUAUUGUAGUAGAUGGAAUAUGGUGGUAAAUUUGCAAAAAUCCAAGAUAAUGGUGUUUCGAAAUGGAGGACGGUUAUCUUCAAGGGAGAGAUGGAAAUACCUCAAUGAAGAAAUUGAAGUGGUGAACGAAUACUGCUACCUUGGAGUCCUUCUAACUCCAAAAAUGAGUUUUACUAAGCAUGCAGAACAAAGAAACAAACGAGCGAAGAUUUGUAUAAACGCAGCUUGGGAAAAUCUGAUCAAUAACUCAAAUGUAUCCCUUAUAUCGAAAUGGAAAAUUUUCCAGAGUGUGUGCAAAACCACACAGUCAUAUGCAGCCCAGGUGUGGGGGUACAACUGGUUUGAAGAAGUAGAUGAACUACAAAGACUCCCGCAUAAGCUUUCUAUAAAAAUAUGGAACAAACAAAUUUUCUGGGCCUUGGCACUGAAAUCUUGGUCCGAAAGCACUAACGUUCCAAUUGAAAAUCUAUUCAGAACAGCGCAAGAUUGGUCUACAACCACAACUAUACUUGUAAAUAAUCUCAAAAGGAAAAGCUAUACAGAGAAAAUAGAUAGAGCAAGAGCAAGUGAAAGCAGAUUUUAUCGUUUUUUGAAUCCAGAAAUCGGGAUUGAAUACAUGCAAGAUGUUUGGAAACUGGACAAAAUUGCUAUUAUAAUGAAAACAAGGGCAGAUGUACUUCCACUGAAUGGAAACGUUUUUAGAAACGCAGCGAGACACCAAUGUACAUUGUGUAACUUGAGAGAAGUCGAAAACUUGCAACAUUUCAUAGCCAGAUGUCCAGUAUUACAAGAAUUUAGGGUACGGCAUUUUGGAACUGCCUAUCUAGAUGAUGUACAGCUAAUACAAAUUUUAAAUGGAACUUUUUAUUGUGGGUGGGAUGGAUUAUAUAAUUAUGUUAGCAAUGCUUUGAGAUAUCGGAACUACAUAAAUCGAGAACAAUUUUGAAAAAAAAAAAAAAAAAAAAAAAAAAAAAAAAAAAAAAAAGAAUAUGUAAAUUUUUUCCUUAACUUUACACUUUAUAAAAUUUUACGUUAACUUUAUGGCUUAUAAAAUGUAUAUAUCUAAACGUAAUGUUACGCAAACAUACUAAAUUUAGCUAUUUAACAGCACAAAUUAAAACAAAUAUGGUAUUGACAGACAACUAUUUAAAGUUAUUGUCAUUAACUAAUUACAUUUACAUUUUGUUAUCUUAAUCAAACAGUAUAUAGAAAUUUGAAUUGUAAUGUUUAAAGAAAACAAAAUAAAAUCUAUCUAUCUAU